CUUUGCUUUGUGUGACCGCCUGUGUCAAAACGUCUUGGCCUUUGCUUAUGCCGUUUUAUGCCAUCGAUUUCUUGAUGAAGCCAGCUAGCUGACGCCCUUUGCAGUGCAAGCAGGCGAAGGUCUCCCCACACGAGACAUGGACUUGGAUGCCUUCCGCAAGUCCCUUCGUGUCGCUCUUGAACCGUACAGUACACGAGGUGAUCUUUCUCGAAGCACUAUUGAGAGACUGUUGCGAGGCUUCAUUGAGGAGAGCUUGCAUGGCCGUUUGAAUGACGUGAUUCAGGAGCUGGAGCAUCGACCGGGCUGCAUUAGCUUGAAUGCCUUUAUUGAAUGGGUCUGUUCGUCACCGGGUCAGGGGAGCACUUCAAGCAGCCUACAACUUCCAGCAGCUCUUGGAAGAUCGACGUCAAGCUCAAAAGACAAAUUUCAGCAUGCGAGAAGCACACUCAAGAAGGUGCAAUGUUUCCGCACGAAGGAGCAGUCUAUGCUACUGGGUGUCAGCAUCAAGUUUCUUGCCAGCGACUUCUUGGCCGAGGUGGAAGAGCACUUUGGGAACGGAUCUGAUCCCAACUACCAUGAGAUCAACCCAGUGAUGCUUCAUGGGCCCAAAGCUCGAGGUUUUGGACUCCAAUGCCCCAGAGACAGAGGGUUUGGAACCAGCUAUGUGGAUGCCUUGGAUGAGAUCCACACGGGCCCUGCCACAGUAAUGCUCUCCUGGGUCUGGAAAUACUCAGUUCGGACUGUGGUGACUGCCUUGGUGCGGUGGUGUGCGCGAACUUCACGGGACCCGCCAUUCACCUAUGUGUGGCAAUGCGCUUUGUGCAACAAUCAAUUCAGAGUGGCAGAAAAGCGUGCAAGAAAUGAGAAUGAGGACUUUGAUACCUUUCGCACAGUUUUUGAAGAGAGGGUUCACUGCACUGGCCACAUUUUGGCCUUGCUUUCACCCUGGCACGGCCCAAUGUACACAACACGGAUCUGGUGCGUCUUCGAGCUUUGGGUUGCCUGCCAAAAUCAAGAUGUGAAGCUAGAGGUGAUCCUCUCGGAGCAAGCUGAAAAGGAGUUUCAUCGCGCUUUGUCAGCAGAUGGAGUGGUGAGUGUCUGGAAGGCUUUUGGUAACGUGCAAAUCCAAAAGGCAAAGGCUUCUGUGCCAGCAGACCGGUCAAACAUCAUGCGGCUCGUGGAACCGAAUAUGACAAUCGAUGACUGCAAUUCUUCGGACAGAGUGAACAAGUUGAAUCAGGUGGUGGUACAGCGCUUGCAGGCUUGGUGUACUGAGGCGGCUGCCCAAUUUGCAGAAAGCUGCUUGGAGGACAAUGUGGCUGUGCAACCAAAGGCUUGUGCCAAUACAGCCUGGCUGUUGAUGGAGGCGAAUGACUGGCAUAGAGCCAUGGCACUUUUGGUGCAAGGUCGCCAGGCAUUAAGUCGCCUCGGAAAAACGGGGUCUUUGGAAGAUGCAUGGCUUCUGAAGUGCAUGGGCAACUGGCACACGGAUCUUGGCCACUAUGAUGAGGGCACCAAGCACUACAAGCUGGCAAAGGAUGCAAUGGAGGAAGCCGGAGCAACUGAGACAGCUGAAUAUGCCCGUCUGCUGAGAACCAUUGGCAAGAGCCUCAUUGUGCAAGGCCACGUGGAAGAUGCGAUGGAGACACUGCAACAGUCGCAGAGUGCCUUCAUCCGGGCUCAAGCCACGGACACACCAAACUACGCUGUUUGUUUACGAAGUCUCGGGUUUUGCUGCCUUGAGCUUGGAGACCUGCAGCAGGCGAUGGCCUGCUAUUCUGAAGCAAAGGUGGUUUUUGAAGGCACUGGAGCAGCAAGAACACCCAAUUAUGCAGGACUUCUCACAGACAUGGGAAGAGUGAAAGUCACUGAGCAUGCGCUGGAUGAGGCUAUGGAGCUCUUCCAACAGUCCCGGCUUGCGUUCGAGAUGGCCGGUGCCGAGAAAUCAAAGAAUUUUGCAGAUCUUCUCCAUUUCAUGGGUGAUUGCAUGGAUGAGCAGGGCCAGUACAGUGAGGCAUUGAGGUAUUUCUCUGAGGCGAAGCUCACAUUCAACAAAUGUGCACUCAAUAGAACUACCAACUAUGCUGCACUCUUGGCCAACAUGGCUGACUGCAUGGAGCAUCAAGGCAUGUCUGAAGAGGCCGCAGAACUACGGCAGCAGGCUACCGACAUUUACCAGGAGGCAAAUGUGUCCAAAGAGGUGCUCGAGAAUAUGUCCCCAUUGGAGAGACGUCGAAAACGCUGGAGCCUUUGAAAUGUCCCAGGAGUCCGUCGGAGUCCGUAUGAAAGGCAUCAAUGUGCAAUGUGCAACGAUUCCCUUGUCCAUUGGCUACCAAGCUGCAAGUCUGAAGGAUGUGCCACCAAGGUGUCCUCAACCAUGAAAAAUCCGGCACAUGCGCAACAUUGACUCCUGCAUCUACGCUUCAUUUUCAUAUGCCGGGUUGAUAUGUGCUGUUCAUGUUGUUUGGGUACUGUACAUUGGAAAAGCAACCUGUGUGCAAUUCUGCCGUCGGUCCUUUCUACUGUAAACUCAUCUAAAAUCUCAGAAAGUCGCGUCCGGCGGAGCCGAUUGCGGGCUUUCGAAGUCAGUGCGAUGCAUGUACAGUUGCAAGCGCGUGGCUUGCCAUCCGCGUCCACCCAAGCUUGGCGUGAGACGACGGAAAGCACAUCCAAUCGUUGGUUGACAGGUCCGCCCUUCUGUGCAGAGCAGAGAGGUACACUUGCCACAUCGAGCCACAUUCUUCUUGUACAGACGCCUUACGUUUCAAGCGUUUGCAUGCCAAAA